AUGGCUGUACUCCACGUGAACCAAAUCGCACUAACUGCAAUUCAUUUUGAAACCGCUCGACUCUCCAUUCAAAAAGUAGUAAAUUUUUCACUUGGAGCAAUCACCUUCGCCAAAGUGAACCCUUGCACCUCACACGAUGUACAUGUAGUGGCACUUAGAGGUCAAGUCAGCUUUUUGUCUUACGUGGGAAAGAUCAAAACACCACCCACUGGAUUUCAAAAUGCUGGACUCGCACCAGUCGUUGCUCAUUCAAAUUCAUUUAACAGUAACAAUGUGACAUCUCAUAGUGUAAAACUGUUGAAUGACAAAUACAUAAAUUCGCAUGGCUUACCUAAGGUCCCCUUAACUAAGUUACCCAAACAAACAAAUCAGAAACAAAAGCAAAGUUUGCACAGCAUGCAAGAAAUUGAUGGAAAAGAUAUCGUCGUCGUAAAAAUAUUUUGUAUUGUUCUAGCAUUCAUGCUCUCACCACACCUAUCUGUACUACUGUUAAAUAAACAAUGCUUUAAAGUUAUGAUUGUUGCGUCAUACAACCAGAGAAUGUUUUCAUAUCAACAGUUUAUUGUGUGCAUUUUCGAAAAUGUUACUAAACUUCUCUUUGUUGCUGCUCUACCAUUUUAUAAAUCAAAUCAAAGCAAAUCAAAUUCGUUUUUAGUAGGCGGAUAUUCUUUGCAUGAUGUCGAAAUAAAUAAUGAAAAGUAUUUGCUUCAAAAGCAAUAA